AUGGAGGAGGCGACGAUGCUUGCGAAACUGAAUCACAAGCACAUCGUUCGGUACUACGACGCGUGGCUGGAGGCGGCGUCGCCCUCGCGCCGCGCCGCGGAGUCGCCCUCUCGCCCCGAAGAGAACCCGCCGACAAAAUGUCUCUUCAUCCUUAUGGAGUACUGCCCCGGGCGAACGCUAAGGGAAGCGAUCGACUCGGGCCUUCUUCAGCCGCCUCCGCCCCAGCCGUCUCUCGGGAAAACGAAACGGAGACGGCGGAAAGACGACGGCGUGCGGCGCGGCGCAGACUCGCCCGCGCCCUGCAUGCGACCGGACGGCGCAGCGCCGCGUCGAGGCGAUGCGCCGCUUUCUUCUUUUUCUUCUUCCUCUUCUUCCUCGUCUCUCGUGCCGUCCUGCGUCGCAGGGGCCGGCAGCGGCGGCGAGGGCUCGACGCAGACGGCGGGGACGGGAGAAGCUGCGAACGGAGGAGGCGAAGAAAGGCGAGACCGAGAGAACGACGCCGACGACGCCGAGGACGCCGACGAAGAAGACAGUGAAGAGGAAGCACGCCAGAGCGAGGCGGAACGGCGAACGGCGGCAGAGAUGGGCUUGCAGGCUCUCAAGUGGCGGCUCACACGCGACCUCGUGGGCGGUGUCGCUUACAUGCACUCCUCUGGCGUCAUUCACCGAGACCUAAAACCCAGCAACAUCUUCCUCAAGGUUGAACACGACAGGCUCUGCGUCAAGAUCGGCGAUUUCGGAUUGACGACGACGGUGUUGAAGGGGAAGCAUGCAGCUUCGCGGCAGCCUGUGGGGCGCCACGCGUCGCACUCUCGAACGAGCGUCGACACGCCGGUCCUCUCAGCUGGUUCGUCGCCGCCACUCUCGGGGUUCUCUUGUCCGGCCCAAGAAGUGGGCGAGUGCCCAUCGGGAAAACCCGGCCUCGCCUUGCCGCUUCCUCUGCCGCGUCUCCUCGUCCCGCCUCUCUCCUCGUUCCCAGGUUCCCACCCCAGCGACACACCCUCCCUCCGCCUCUCCGCGGGUGUAGGUACCGUCUACUACAUGGCUCCUGAGCAGGCCACAGGCAGCCGGUAUGACCAGAAAGCAGAUAUCUUCUCCUUGGGAGUCGUGCUGUUUGAGAUGUGGGCGCCGCCGUUUACGACUGCGAUGGAGCGCGCGUCCGUGCUCGGGCAGUUGACGCUUGACCACGAGCAACAAAUGCGGCGGCUGCUACGCCCAGUCAAGGCGCCGCCGCCGUGCUUCUCUCCGGCGUCUGUGAGGAAGCGCCGCGACGGGGAAGAGGUCGGAAGUCUGGUGCAGAGCUCGGCGCGUCUGGCUGCGCCGCUCCGGCCGCGGCAGCAACGUCGAAGGCAGCAGAGGGAGUUUCUGCUCUUGCAGCGGACGGGCCAGGAAGAGGAGAAGAAGCGGUUCGCGUGCGCCGCCUCGCCAGAGCCUCCGACUUUCGAGCUCGCUCCGUUUGACGCGUUAGCCUUCCUCAAGCAGUACGUGCCGCACGAAGUCGCGCCGCUGAUCUUGGCCAUGAUUCAACAAGACCCCGACAGGCGCCCGGCAGCCGACGCACUCCUCGUUGACGACGUUCUCCUGCCUCUCGAACUGAGUCAGGCGCUGCCGUUGGGGGCUGUCGACGAGUACGAAGUGAACCUUGUUCGGUCUUUCUCCCACGCCGCUCGCGAAACGCCCGGCCGACGGGGCGAGCUGUCUCCGCAGCGUCUGGGGUCUUUGCAUGCGUUUCCCGACUUAUGUGGGGAGACAGGGCCUGCAGGAGAGGCGCAGCGGCCUGCGGGGGCGCGCGGGUGCGGGCGCCUGGCCCCGGCGGCCGGCGCGGCGCUGGACGCCGGAGGCCGAGUCCGGGGCGGGAAGAGCAGUCGGACGCCAGCAGGACGAGACGCCGCCAGGACACCCGGGACGGGGCGACAAGGCGGUCGCCGGCGAGCAGCCGGCGGGGACGGAGAAGCCGCGCUGCGCGAGGACGGGAACAGCUCGGUGUGUUCGUCCUCCGAUGGUGGCCAGCGGUGUCGCGAAGGCGACGAGGAGACAGGGGAGGCGGGGGGCGAGGGGGUGAGGAGUCGGAGGCGGGGAAAGAAGGACAGUUGGGCGAGAGUGGGCGACGAAGACGCUCGCGGCCAGCCGACGGCGCGAAGGUUGCCGAAAGACGCGCGAGGCGGCAGUGACGAGAAGGAGAGGCCCGAGAACCGAGCGGGGGACCGACUCGCUUACGCCUACUGCGCGCGGCCCUUUGGCGCGUUUCGCGACUCCUCCGAGACGGCCCUCGAAGUCGACACCUUUUCAAAGAGCGUCGGGCGCAGCCGCGAGGACGUGAGAGAGAAGCGGAGACGCGGGGAUCGCGACGUCCACAAAGCGAGUGGCGGUCUCAGAGCCCGGGAGCCUGACAGUCCGCUUUCGGCUGGCAAGGGACGGAAAGGAGACAGCGACGUCGGCGAGGAGGGACGCAACGGCAGAGCAGGGAGGAAGCAACAGGACGACGCUCUCUGCGUCAAGCCUCGGCCUGCGCUCGGACACCCUUUCAAGCGGAUCUACGCCGUCAUUGCCUCCUAUCCGUUCUCGAACGAGGCUGUUCAGGUCAUGGCCACUCUGUUGAAUCGGCACGAGGACGAGGCUGCGCUGCACCAUUUCCUCCUGCUCAAACGCGCCCUGGCAUACGAGAAUAUUCUGCUCUAUCGCCUCCAGCAGUUUACCCGGAGUCUGGUCCGGCAGCACUGCGCGACGUGCUUCGAGCGCCGCGGAGCCACGCAGAUUUUGCUUCCCGUUCUUCUGCCGCUGACGGGGCGGUUAGCUGGCAGUCUGAGUUCGACUCGCCGGCUGCUCCGCCACUCCAGAGUGAUUGUCGAUCUGAAGGAGAAGCAAGAAGAGGCGGAGAGGCGGGCAGAAGAGGCCCUCAAGAAGAAGGGAGGGCUGCGCGCACGGCGGGCGUCGAAGUGUUUUUCCGUCUUGGGAGAACAUGCGGAAGGAAGGGGAGGAGCAGCCUCCGACGGGAAUGUCUCCGAGGGCACACAACCAAGCGCGAAGAGACGGCCUGCGUGUCGAUAUACGCAGUCGGGCGCUGGCGCUCCGGCUUCGAUGCCGUCUGCAUUUUCUUCCUUCUUUGCUGCUUCCUUCUCCUCGGGCGCAUGCGCCGCCCCCGCGUACGCGUCUCUGGACCGACAGGGCUUGCCGCCUCCCCAUCUCUUCGCAGUCCCGCUCUUCCGGCCGUUUCUUGUCGCGCCGAAACCGUUUCUGCCUUCCGUCUCCUUUCCGUUCGCGUGUCUGCCGAUACACACAGCCGUCGCCCCCGCGGCGGCGGGUGUAUGUACACCCGAAGCGGGGAUGGUGGCGGCGGCUGCGACGGUGGACGAGCUGCUGACUACGGACCACUUUUCGUCUCCAGGGAAGGGCGUGGCUCUGCUGUUGGACGCGGCGGCCACGCCGCUCAUUCUUCCGUUCUCGCUUUUCCACGGCGCGGCGGCGGAGGCAGCUGGCCGCGGCACCAGCCGCGGCCACACGUCCCUGCCCGUCGUGCAGCGGCGCUGGGCGUUCGCUCCGACCUACAUCAAGGCCGACUGCGCGGCUGGCCGCGGGCGCGGGGCCUCGGCGCGACGCGGGAAGUUCCGAGACGGCGACGAGGACGGGAGGCCGGGGGUCGGCGCGAAGGAGAAGGCGAAGAAAGACAAGGGCGAGGGGCGAGGCAAAGGCGCGACGUCCGGGUGUAUGCGGUGCCUGAACCUAAGAGCCGGUGCGGCCUUGCAGGAGAAAAACGCAGGCGAGGUCGAGCGCGGCGCGAAGAAGGCCCGCGGCCAAGGCGCAAAUCGCGAGCGAGAAGUCGCAGCCUUAGCCUCGGAGUCGCCCGCCGCAUGCGCCCCACAGGAAGUGUACGCUGCUUUGUACGAUCUCGUGGUGGACCUCGACGCGUUUGGCAACUGGGAAGACGAAUUCGGCGGCUGUUUCUCCUUCUUCGGCGAGGACGGGAUUCCGCGCAGACGCAGGAGCGAGGGCCGCGACCAACUCGACAGCAAGGAAUUCGGAAAAGCACUCAUCCCAGGCGCCUUCUUCGACGCAGAAGUUGUCGCCGCCGCUGCAGAUGUGCUGGCGCCUCUCGCCAUGGCGGCCACGCCAGAGAGCGGCGCGCCUCUCGGAGGAACGGCCCUGCUUCUCGUCUGGACAAUGGCCGACCUUCUGCCCGCGAUUCUCCAACACCUCAUCCUGAUCCCCGAGGACCGCGUGCGGUACUUCGCCAGUUGGCUGCGCGUCCAGGCGAACAGCGGCGGACUCACGAAGGAAUGCCUCGAGGCGCACUUGCGAGCGGCCGUCUUAUAUUCGGAAGACAGUCUCGCGGGGACGAAUCGCGAGCUCCUGGCCACUGGCGCUGGCCUCGCAAAGGGCUACGGAGGGGCCAGCGUGGACGCGGAGGCGGUCCCAGAAGACCGAGGGAAGGAGGCGAAUGACCGCCAGGGAGACGAAGAACUAGUGCUUCUGCAGCUUCUCCAGAAAGAAAGAGACGAAAACUUUGUUCGGCAACAAGCUGGCCUCUUGUGGACUCUCCUCGGCAUUCAAGGAGAGACGCCAGAGAAGGCGAUCGCGGAGUUGAUUUCGUGCGUGCUCUCGCUGGACCGGAGUCGCGAAGACGCACUGAUGCUUCUCGCGGAGGCAGAUCCAAGCGGCUUCGUCUCCGCCUUCGGCGAGGCGUCCUUGCCCGGGUCUCUGUCGUUUCCGUCGGCUGACCGCGCCCGCGGGUCUGACGGCGCCGCGUGGAUCGCCGCUUCCCGUUCCUCCCUGUCUCCGCUUCUCCAGCAGCUUCGUCUCCUCCGCCUGCAGCAACAGCUUCUGUCGCAGAUCGAGUGUUUUCCCCCCGACCAGCAGCGGUUCGACCUUUUCCUCCCGUUCGACACUGCGCAGUACGCCCACGGGCUGGUCUUCUUCGUCCUCGGGGCGCCCGUCAUGUCGACCGCCUCGCCGUCUCUUGGCAUCGCAGGCGUCUCGAGUCUCGGCGGCGCGGUGCCCUCGCCCCACUUCGCAGGGUUUCCCGGCGCAUCCCUCGGCGAGAAAAGCGGGAGUUUCGCCUUUGCCCGAGAGCCUCUGCACCCUGGGCAGGGGCUCUCGGGCCUCGCGCACGGCGCCUCGCUGCUCGGCGGCGGGGCUGACCACGCCGCGUCGCGCCACUCGAAAGGCCACGCGGCCGGCGUGGCGUCGAAGAGCGCCGCUCAGCAGGCUCUCGCGAGUUUGCGACUCGCCCACCAGCAGAUGCGCGAGGUCCUGGCGUCUGGGGGGCGCUACGACGCUCUCCUGGAGGAAGUGCGCAUGCAGGGAAUUGGGGAGGAAGAGGACGCGGAGCGAGGCCGAGGCGAGAGAGAAGAGAAGCGCAGAGAGACUGGGGCCCACCGCGAGAAGCGAAGAAACCUGUCAGUGACUGGCGUCGAACUCGCGGCGGAGUGCAUUGGGAAGCGGCUCCUUUUGCUGGCCCAGAAUUCGAGCCACGUCUUCUUCCAGGACGACGCGAAAGGAUCCCACUUUCUUUCGUGCGCCCUGGGGGCCUCCGCGCCGUUCGCGGCUUCGGCCUUUGCCCUCCGCGAGGUUGAGCGCGGCAUCGAGACCAAGCUCCAGAAUUCAAUUCUCGCUUUGGAGGGCGGGAGUGGAGCAGGCACUUCCAAACACGACUUGCAUGCGCAUCCCUCAGCGCCGUUCCCCCCAGCCCUUGCAUCUGCGGCGGGCGGUCUCGGGUCCCUCGGCCCGGGCCACGAUGCGGGGUACCCAGGCGGGGCCGUCGAGGGGGCCGCGAGGAGCAGUCGAGUGUAUGUACACCCGCACACAGUCAACUGGCACUCGAGCGCGCACGCACAUUUCUCCGCGCUGACUUCCGCGCAGAAUGGCCACUUUGCGCACGCCGGCGCGGCAGCCACCUUCGAGAAAGAGGGGAAACACGCGGCGGGUGUUUCCUGCGGCGCCGCCGCGGGGCCUGCCGCAGGCGGCGACGGCGAGGCGCGCGGUCGCGAGGGGCGGGUCCACACGAACGUGAGUCGCGUGCGGAGCAUGUCUGGCGGCGAGGAGCGGAGACUCGCGGCGAUGGAGAUGAAGCGGCGAAUGGGCGCCAGCGUCAGGCAACUCUUCCAGGACGCCCCGAAAUGGGCCAACCAACCAGCCGCCCUCAUCUGCGUCGUGCACGCGCACGUACACGCGGACCGAGGCGCCGCGGGGAAAGCAGAACCCGAGACGAAACAGCGAAACGAAGAACGGAAAGAAACCUUCCUCGCGGCCGCUGCACACGAACUUCGCAUGCGCCUCCGGAGGAGUGGGGUCACGUGCGAGAUUCGAUGGAUUUCUGUGGCCGAGCGGCAACGGAUGAAACGCCCCGUUCGGCGACCGGCCGCAAACUCCUCAGGUCGGCCUUCCGGCGGGACCGCAGCGCCUCCAGCCCUCGGUUCUCGAGAUCUUCUUCAGUGGCUGAUAUUCCUCUCCUCGUCCCCUUCUCUUCCUGCGCCGUCUCUCCCUUCGCCUUCGCUUCACUCGCGGCAUUCGCCGGCUGCUCUUGUGUCUUCGUCCCUGUCUUCUCUGCCCUAUUCUGCUUCGCCUGCUGCGAGCGACGGCGAGGCGUCGGCUUCUUCGGAGCCGGUUGAGGCGCCGGUUCGCGUAGAGACAGGGGGCAAGGAGACAGAGGAAGGUAAGAGGGACUUCGAGGCAGAGCGCGGCACAGAGAAGCUGUUUGCACUUCUGGACGAGGCCGUCGCAGCGACCGACGGACGGGCGCCUGCGGCAGCGAAGGAGCCAAACGAGGAAGCCGCGUCCGUCGAGCACCCAAGAGAAGAAAGGGCCAGCGACUUCGAGCUCCACAUCCACAUCGAGCAUCUCUCGGGUGAAGAGACGGCCCAGGACCUAAAUUCUGUUGACGAAGCAGCGGCGUUCCUUGCCUCACCCCGGGGAGCGAGGAAACCAUGCUAG